GAUUAGAGGUUGAAAAUGUAUAUAUAUUUAUUCCUCUGCAGGUUUAUAAGUGACCUGGCAAAUGACGGUUUCCAAUUACCACCAAAUAUCUCCAACAGUGCCAAUUUCAUUUCUCUAACACUGAGGAACUGCUCAAUCAACGGCACAAUCCCCAAAUACAUUGGUGAAAAUAUGACAUCCCUAAGAUACCUAGACUUGAGCUUCAAUAAGUUAACUGGUGGCCUCCCUCAGAAUAUGAGUACAAAUAUGAUUGACAUGUCUUUUUCUGGUAAUAUGCUUGACGGGACAAUCCCACCUUGGAUACAUGUGUACUCCCAAACUAGGAUAGAUCUUUCGUUCAACAAUUUUUCAGCAAUAGGCUCUCCAGUACCAAGCAACCAACAACUGAACUGGUUUGCAUGCUGCCGCAACUCCUCAACCAAUCAGCCAGUAAUGAUGGAGAACAGAUACUGUCCUGAAAACAAUCCAAAGUACCAUUCCUUGUUUAUUAAUUGUGGUGGUGAAGAAACACGUGUUGAUGGGAAUAAAUAUGAUCAAGAUAAUGACACAUCCCUCUUUUACACAAGUCCAAAGGAAAACUGGGCUUACAGCCUUUCCGGAGGCUAUGGUGUACGAGAAAGUAAUACUAGUAAUUACAUCAAGAGCAUGACUGGAGUUCCCAUUUCCGGAGGCUAUGAGGCACCGUUGUAUGAAAAAGCUCGGCUUUCCCCGGUAUCUCUCAAGUAUUAUGCUUUUUGUCUGCGCAAAGGCAAUUAUACUGUGACGCUUUAUUUCAAUGAAGUUGUAUACACUAAGAAUGAAGACUAUACUAGUUUAAGGAAACGCGUAUUUGAUGUAUAUAUUCAGGAUGUGAGGAGACUAAAUUAUGUCAACAUUAGAGAGAAGAACGGAAGUGAACCAAUAACUGAAAAUAUUUCGGCUGUGGUUGUAAAUGAUAGCGGUCUAUUGAGCAUCCACUUUUACUGGCCUGGAAAGGGAUCGGAUCAAUACCAGCCUAGUUUUAAUGGACCUCUAAUAUCAGCUAUUUCUGUGACUCCUAAGUUCAACAUUAGUCCCGAAGAAAGUCAUGGUCAACGGGAUGCAUUGAUUACGCUUGCUUCAAUUGUUGCUGCUCUGCCGCUUUCAUUGGCUUUUGCUUGGAGGAUGGGCUGGCUGCCAAGUCCAGAGUCCCCAAAAACAGAUCUAGACAAAAAAGUUGAUGAGCAUCCAGACAGUGAAAAGCAACCCAAAACCGAAACAGGUCCAGAACCAAAAGGUGAUCAGCAUCACGACAGCGAAGAGCUCGAUAAAACCGAAACAAGUCAAGACAAAAAAGGUGAUGAGCAUCAAGACAGCGAAGAGCUCCCCAGUCAAGAAGAAAGAGGUGAUGAGCAUCAAGACAGCGAAGAGCUCCCCAGUGAUGAGCAGAGAAACACGAAAGGUCAAGAAGAAAUAGGUGAUGAGAAGAGAAACACGAAAGAUCAAGGCAGGCGGAAGAACACAGAAACAAAGAGGAAGAAAAAGGAAAAAAUAGGUGACGAGCUUCCAUCCACCGUCAAAAAAUUGGGUACGCUCGGAUUGAGCUAUGGAUUUCCGUUGGGUAUGUCAAGCGAAGAGCUCCCUAGUCAAGAAGAAAUAGGUGAUGAGCAUCAAGACAGCGAAGAGCUCCCCAGUCAAGAAGAAAUAGGUGAUGAGCAUCAAGAUAGCGAAGAGCCCCUCAGUCAAGAAGAAAUAGGUCAUGAGCAUCAAGACAGCAAAGAGCUACCCAGUCAAGAAGAAGUAGGUGAUGAGCAGAGAAACACAAAAGGUCAAGAAGAAAUAGAUGAUGAGCAGAGAAACACGAAAGAUCUAGGCAUGCAGAAGAACAGAGAAACAAAGAGGAAGAAAAAGGAAAAAAUAGGUGAUGAGCAUCCAGACACCGUAAAACAAUUGGGUAUGAUCGGAUUGAGCUAUGGAUUUUCGUUAGGUAUGUCAAGCGAAGAGCUCCCCAGUCAAGAAGAAAUAGGUGAUGAGCAUCAAGAUAGCGAAGAGCUCCCGAGUCAAGAAGAAAUAGGUGAUGAGCAGAGAAACACGAAAGGUCAAGAAGAAAUAGGUGAUGAGCAGAGAAACACGAAAGAUCAAGGCAGGCGGAAGAACACAGAAACAAAGAAGAAGAAAAAGGAAAAAAUAGGUGAUGAGAAUCCGGACACUGUCAAAAAAUUGGGUAUGUUCGGAUUGAACUAUGGAUUUCCGUUGGAUAUGUCUAGCGAAGAGUUCCCAAGUCAAGAAGAAAUAGGUGAUGAGCAUCAAGACAGCGAAGAGCUUUCCAGUGAUGAGCAUCAAGACAACGAAGUGCUCCCCAGUCAAGAAGAAAUAGGUCAUGAGCACCAAGACAGCGAAAAGCUCCCCAGUCAAGAAGAAAUAGGUGACGAGCAGAGAAACACGAAAGAUCAAGGCAGGCGGAAGAACACAGAAACAAAGAGGAAGAAAAAGGAAAAACUAGGUGACGAGCUUCCAUACACCCUCAAAAACUUGGGUACGCUCGGAUUGAGCUAUGGAUUUUCGUUGGGUAUGUCAAGCAAAGAGCUCCCUAGUCAAGAAGUAAUAGGUGAUGAGCAUCAAGACAGCGAAGAGCUCCUCAGUCAAGAAGAAAUAGGCCAUGAGCAUCAAGACAGCGAAGAGCUACCCAGUAAAGAAGAAGUAGGUGAUGAGCAGAGAAACACGAAAGGUCAAGAAGAAAUAGGUGAUGAGCAGAGAAACACGAAAGCUCAAGGCAGGCAGAAGAACACAGAAACAAAGAGCAAGAAAAAGGAAAAAAUAGGUGUUGAGCAUCCAAACACCGUAAAAACAUUGGGUAUGCUCGGAUUGAGCUAUGGAUUUUCGUUAGGUCAAGAAGAAAUAGGUGAUGAGCAUCAAGAUAGCGAAGAGCUCCCGAGUCAAGAAGAAAUAGGUGAUGAGCAAAGAAACAUGAAAGGUCAAGAAGAAAUAGGUGAUGAGCAGAGAAACACGAAAGAUCAAGGCAGGCGGAAGAACACAGAAACAAAGAAGAAGAAAAAGGAAAAAAUAGGUGAUGAGAAUCCGGACAUUGUAAAAAAAUUGGGUAUGUUCGGAUUGAGCUAUGGAUUUCCGUUGGAUAUGUCAAGCGAAGAGCUCCCCAGUCAAGAAGAAAUAGGUGAUGAGCAGAGAAACACGAAAGGUCAAGAAGAAAUAGGUGAUGAGCAGAGAAACACUAAAGAUCAAGGCAGGCAGAAGAACACAGAAACAACGAGGAAGAAAAAGGAAAAAAUAGGUGAUGGGAAUCCGAACACCGUAAAAAAAUUAGGUAUGUUCGGAUUGAGCUAUGGAUUUCCGUCGGAUAUGUCAAGCGAAGAGCUCCCCAGUCAAGAAGAAAUAGGUGAUGAGCAUCAAGACAAUGAAGAGCUUCCCAGUCAAGAAGAAAUAGGUGAUGAGCAGAGGAACACAAAAGGUCAAGAAGAAAUAGAUGAUGAGCAAAGAAACACGAAAGAUCAAGGCAGGCGGAAGAACACAGAAACAAACAGGAAGAAAAAAGAAAAAAUAAGUGAUGAGCAUCCAAACGCCGUCAAAAAAUUGGGUCAAGAAGAAAUAGUUGAUGAGCAUCAAGACAGCAAAGAGCUCCCUAGUCAAGAAGAAACACGUGAUGAGCAGAGAAACACGAAAGAUGAAGGCGGGCGGAAGAACACUGAAACAAAGAGGAAGAAAAAGGAAAAAAUGGGUGAUAAGCAUCCAGACAAUGUCAAAAAAUUGGGUAUGUUCGGAUUGAGCUAUGGAUUUCCGUUGGGUAUGUCAAGCGAAGUGCUCCCUAGUCAAGAAGAAAUAGGUGAUGAGCAUCAAGACAACAAAGAGCUCCCCAGUCAAGAAGAAAUAGGCGAUGAGCAUCAAGACAGCGAAGAGCUCCCCAGUCAAGAAGAAAUAGGUGAUGAGCAGAGAAAAACAAUGGAUGAAGGCAGGCGGAAGAACACAGAAACAAAGAGGAAGAAAAAGGAAAAAAUAGGUGACGAGCAUCCAGACACUUUAAAAAAAUUGAGUAUGUUCGGAUUGAGCUAUGGAUUUCCGUUGGGUAUGUCAAGCGAAGAGCCCCCUAGUCAAGAAGAAAUAGGCGAUGAGCAUCAAGACAGCCAAGAGCUCCCCAGUCAAGAAGAAAUAGGUGAUGAGCAUCAAGACAGCAAAGAGCUCCUUAGUCAAGAAGAAAUAGGCGUUGAGCAUCAAGACAACGAAAAGCUCCCCAGUCAAGAAGAAAUAGGUGAUGAGCAGAGAAACACAAUGGAUGAAGGCAGGCGGAAGAACACAGAAACAAAGAGGAAGAAAAAGGAAAAAAUAGGUGAUGAGCAUCCAUACACUUUCAAAAAGUUGGGUAUGUUCGGAUUGAGCUAUGGAUUUCCGUUGGGUAUGUCAAGCGAAGAGCUCCUUAGUCAAGAUGAAAUAGGCGAUGAGCAUCAAGACAGCAAAGAGCUCCCCAGUCAAGAAGAAAUAAGUGAUGAGCAGAGAAACACGAAAGGUCAAGAAGAAAUAGGUGAUGAGAGAAACACGAAAGAUCAAGGCAGGCGGAAGAACAUAGAAACAAGGAGGAAGAAAAAGGAAAAAAUAGGUGAUGAGCAUCCAGACAACGUCAAAGAAUUAAUAAAUGCUACCGAAAAUUUUAGCGACAAAAAAAGACUUGGCCAUUCUGAGACAUUUUUUAUGGCACAACUGCCAAGUCAUACCGUGGCCGUGAAGAAACUAGAUUCCGCUCAUUUUGAGGGAAAAAUCGAUAAACUGAAAGAGGAAAUUGGCAUCAUAGAGUCAUUGCAACACAACAAUAUCCUUAAACUGUUGCAUUCUUAUAUUGGAAAAGACCUCCAAUUUCUUGUUUACGAAUACAUGGAAAAUAAAUCCCUUGAAGACAUCUUAUUUGGCUCGAGUACUUCUGGCACAAUCAAGCUUGAUUGGAAUACAAGGGUUAACAUUUGCUUGGGAAUAGCACAGGGUUUGCAAUAUCUACAUGAGAGAGUACAGAUUGUUCAUACGAAUAUAAAAUCCGCUAAUAUUCUUCUUAAUGAAAAACUUGAGGCUAAGAUAUCGGACUUUGGAUUUGCAAAUCUUUAUUCCGAAGAAGAUAAAGUUAUGGCCAUCGCAAGAGAAACAAAGAAAGGCUACACGGCGCCAGAGUAUUUGCAAAUGGAUGAUUUAGAUAGCAAACUGGAUGUUUUCAGCUUUGGGGUGGUCGUACUUGAAAUUGUUAGUGGGGAGAGAAACGUACGUAACCAAUCAAAGAAGGAAACUGAGGUUCUUUUAGACAGGGCUUAUAAAGCAAAUAGAAACGGAAAUUUGAAGAGCUUGGUUGAUAAGAAUUUGUCUACAUAUGAUGAAAGAGAAGCCCUCAUCAUCUUGAAAUUAGCAUUGGAGUGCACCACGAUGGGUGCUAGUGUCAGACCUGAAAUGUCUGGAGUUGUGAGUGUUCUUCUUGGCGAAAAAAGCAUUGACGAGGUUUGUUCACCUGCCAAGCCCACUGGCGACAUCAAUGUUGUUGGUUCCCUCGAAGAGUUGGCAGGCAUUUCUGAUAUGGCUGCCAAGCCCACUGGCGACAUCAAUGUUGUUGGUUCCCUCGAAGAGUCGGCAGGCAUUUCUGAUAUGGCAGAGUCUCUUUCCCCACUUUGGGGAAGUUGACUUCAGUAGCAUCAACUUCGUCUCAUUCAACCUAAGGCGCACAUGAUCAUCGGAAAGUAUUUCUAGAUUGAUUAAAAGUUUCAUGCGAUUAGCAUUAGGCGUUCUUGAAUUGCUACCGUUACUGGUGUGCUUUAAUCUUUUCUGUGGUUUCUGUACUUUGCAUCCUUUUGAACUUUGUGAACCCUUUCUUCCAGCAGAAUGUCGUAUCAAAACUUGGAAAUUUGUUACAAAUGCAGAGUUAUUUCAUUCACAA